AUGGCCAACAAGACCGCAAAAUGCCAGGUGGUCCAGCUGCGCGUUUUGCAGCUGGUGACGGAGCACACCCGCCUCACCUUUUUCAAGGACAGCGGCAAUGCCGAGAUCAGCGGCCCAAAGGACAGCGGCGGCGGGGACGGCGGUACAGGCGUGCUCUACGAGAAUGCCAGGGAGCAGCUAGCGGUGCAGCAGAGUGAAGUAUGGGACGAGGCGCCAGUGGUUUAUGUCCAGAAUUAUGUUUCGUGCGGCUCCAUGCUGUUGCACCUGCGGCACUGCAAGGUGCUGGCAGUGGACACAGAGCACGCGGACGCUGCCGAACCAGGCGGCGGCAGCUCGGCGCCCUCGCCGGAGCAGCAACAGCAGCAGCAGCAGCAGCAGCAGCAGCAGCAGCAGCAGCAGCAGCCGAGGCGACGCGAGCUGGCGUUCAUGCAGAUUGCGGCGCCGGCGGGUGGAGGCCAUGCAGCGCGAAUAUACCUCAUAGAUGUGCAAGAGGCCGGUGUAGCAGCCGCACUGGGCACCAAAGGCGGCCUCAGGGCCGUCUUGGAGGAUGAUGAAGUGCUCAAAGUGCUUCACGACGCACGUGAGGACGCCCGGGUGCUGUGGGAGCAGUACGGCGUCAUCCUGACGAAGACAUUGGACACUCAGGUGCUGUGGGGUGCUGUUUCCGUGGGGGUUAUGACUGAGGUGAGUUUGGAGGAGACGGUCGACAACACAGAGAAGCUUCGCCGCAUUGGGCUUGGCGAGCUGUACAAGCUUGCCGGCGAUGAUCACCCAAACAAGGCCGAGGUCAAGGCCCAGUAUGGCAGUACUCCCGGCAGCCUCUGGCGCCAGCGCCCGCUGCCGCAGGAUUUACUGACGUACGCAGCAGCUGAUGUCAGAUACCUGCUGCCCAUGGCCAAUGCCAUGGUCAGCUUAAUUCCUCCGUUUUUCACUGCACUCAGCACACUGCAGGCGAGGCUGCAUGCGGGUGUGCCAAUACCUAGAACUGGGCGUGAGCCCCCGCCGGCUGCAGCACUUGACGGCAACGAUGACCGCGCGCGGGCACUGACACCUGGCGUCGCUUACCGCCUCAGCAUCGGCGAGUACGGCGCCCCCAGCUAUGCCCCUUGGCAGCAGCCGGCGGCGGGCGCAGCAGGAGAGGCAGAGCUUUCAGCAGGGCGGCCUGGGGUUGGGGGAUCGUUGCCUGGACCAGCGCAAGAGGGGGUAGAGGCAGCGGCAGCGACAGCGGCCGCUGCAGCGGGAGCAGAGGCGGAAGCUGGAGGGCUUGCGGACGAGGGCGUUUCGUCCCUGAUGCUGCUGCUGCCGGAGAGCCUGCAGCAGCAGCUGCACCCCUGGCUGGCGCCCCCACCCGGCGCCCCGCGGCUGCGGGAGCUGCUGCUGCACGGCCACGCCCGCCCAGCAGUCGCGCGACUCAGCGACGGCUCGACUGCGGAGCUGCCCGCGCGCGCGUCCCUGCCGGAGGCGCUAGCGGCGCUGCGCGCGGCUCGCGCGGCGCUCACGACAGCGGAACGGGCGGCGGCCCUCCUGCCAGCGUCGCAAGCAGGCUCGGCCUCCAACGGCGAGGCGGGGCAGCACGGCAGCGAUGGUGGUGGUGGUUUCGUUCCAGCAGCAGCAGCCGGCAGCGAGCGGGACGCUAGCAUGAUGGGCAGCACUACGUCGAGCGACGGCGAGCCCUGGCAGCCGUGGGUUGGCGGCGGCGAGGACUACAGCGGUGCGCCGCUUUUUGACGCGGACAACCGUAUGGCGCUUCCGGGGACGCUGCACCGCAUCAGCGCCGCACGCGCGCGCGACGGGCGGCGCGUGGUCGGGCUGACGUACAGGGUGGGGCGCCACGUGCCCGGCGCCGCCGCGCCGCUGUACGACGUGCUCGCCCAGAUGGCCGCGGUCCACCGCGGCAGAGCGCCGGGCGCGUGCUUCGGCGGCGCCGCCGCGGCGCCCAAGGGUGGUGGCGCUGCCGCGGCGCGGCUGCUGGGCGGCGGCGACGGCAUGCUGGGGCAGAGCCCGUCGCUGCUGCUGCUGGGCCGGCCGGGCGCGGGCAAGACCACGCUGCUGCGGGAUGUGUCAAGGAUCUUUGCAGAUGAUCUGGGGCUAGCGGUUGUGGUGAUUGACACCAGCAGCGAAAUCGCUGGCGACGGCGACGAGCCGCACCCAUGCAUUGGGCGCAGGGCUCUGCGGCUGCAGGUGCCGCGCGGCCGGCUGCAGUCUGAUGUGAUGCUUGAGGCGGUGCAGAACCACGGCCCAGACGUCGUGGUGGUGGAUGAGAUCGGCUCUGCCGCGGAGGCCGCCGCCGCCCGCCAGAUCGCGCAGCGCGGCGUCAUGCUCGUCGCCACCGCCCACGGCACCGUCCUGUCGGACGUGCUGCGCAACCCCGACCUGUCCCGCCUCGCGGGCGGCGUCGCCGCGGUGACGCUGGGGGACGCGGCGGCGUCGGCGGCGACCGGCGGCGCCAAGACGCGCGCCGAGCGCGCGGGGCCGCCGGUGUUUCAGGUGCUGGUCGAGCUCCAGGGCGCCGCCAGGUGGCGCGUGCACCUGUCGGUGGCGGCGAGCGUCGACAAGCUGCUGGCAGGCGGCGCAGCGGACGCGCACGUGCGGUCUUGGAGCCUCGCGAGCGCGACGGCUGCGCCGGCGGCGGCGGCGGCGGCGGUGGGUGCAGCGGCCGCCGGCGGGGAGGGGGGCAUUCUGGUGGAGUUUGAGACGACCGAGGCGGCCAGGCGGGCGGCGGCGAUGGCGUCAGAGCUCUCGGCCGCAGCUGGUGGCGGGGGCGGCAGUAAUAGGGAUGGCGGGGACGCCGCCGGGGUCGUGGCCGCUGCUGAGGGGCGGGGGCAGUUCGAGGGCGGCUGGCUGGUGCGGCUGCUGCAGCAGGCGUCGGCAUGCGCGGCCGGUGAUGCGGUUGUGGGUGUCUCAUCCUUCAAAACCUCUUGA